GCAAAUAUUGAUAAGUUAGAUAUUAUUGCAAAUAUGCGAUUAUUUGAUCAACCUCCAAUUAUUAUAUUUUGGUCUAAAAAAGAAUUGAUUUUAUCCAAUAAUCCAAGUACUCAAACAAAUUAUAGUAUAUAUAAAAAUCCAAUGGCAGGUACUGAAUUUUUAUAUGCUAUUGCAAUGGUAAUUGAAGAAUCAAUUUUAAAUGAAGUUCACAAAUUACCAUCUCGUAGUUUAUUAAUGAAUGAAAGUAAUACUAUUAUACAUGAUAAAAUAUGUGCAGUUUCAAAUGAAAUGGCUAUAUAUGGUGAAAAUGAAAUCAAAAUAUUAGGUGAUUUUUAUGGAAAUUUCAAAUAUUAG